CCGCACAGUACUCCCGGCUAACUGGAGCAUUCAUGUAUUUAAGGAGCACGGUAGAACCGCGGUAGCAGCUCUUCCAACCCACGCGACAAGCAAGCACCAUGGCCGCCUCCGCCGCGCCUGCGCCGCCGCACGUGCUCAUCCUCCCUUACCCGGCCCAGGGCCACGUGAUCCCGUUCAUGGAGCUCGCCCACCGCUUCCUCGACCGCGGCUUCGACGUCACCUUCGUCAACACCAAGUACAACCACGACCGCGUCAUGGCCGCCGCCGACGCUGCCACCACGACCUUCACAGGCCUAUCUUCCAGGCUGCGCCUCGUCGCGGUCGCGGACGGGAUAGACGCCGGAGGCCACGAGAACCUGGUCCUGCUCAACGCCGCCAUCCAGGUGGACAUCCCGCCGCAGCUGGAGCCGCUUCUCGACGGCGACGGCGAGGGGCUAGGGAAGGUGACGUGCGUGGUCGUCGACGUCGCCAUGUCGUUCGCGCUGGACGUCGUCAAGCGUCGCGGGAUCACCUCGGCUGCGCUCUGGCCAGCCUCCGCGGCGGUGCUGUCAGCGAUGGUCAACGCCCGGAAACUCAUACGCGAUGGCGUCAUCGAUGACGACGGAGCGCCUCUUAACUUGAAGAACAACUCAUUCCAUCUUACCGAGUCAACGCCACCCAUGGACGCGACCUUCCUCGCCUGGAAUUACAUGGGAAAUCCUGAGGCCGAGCGCAUGGUCUUUCACUACCUCGACUCGAUCGCGCAGACUGCCGCAACAAAGGCGGACUACCUUCUCUGCAACACAUUCGCCGACAUCGAGCCGUCCGUCUUCACCGAUGCUACACCAACCAACAUCAUUCCCAUCGGCCCGCUCCGCACAUGGCGGCGCCCGACGAGACAUGCACCUCUAGGGCACUUUUGGCACACCGAAGAUGCCACAUGCAUGUCCUUCCUUGACACACAACCCCGUGGCUCUGUCGUGUAUGUGGCGUUCGGGAGCAUCAGCAUCAUGACCGCAGAGCAGGUCCAUGAACUCGCGCUUGGGCUCCAGGCCUCCGGCCGCCCAUUCCUCUGGGUUGUUAGGCCUGAACAAGCCGGAAAACUCCCGGUCGAGUUUGCGGAUGACGUGGAUGGGUCCAAGAAGGGUAAAGUGGUUGGGUGGGCACCACAAGAGCAGGUGUUGGGGCAUCCUUCGGUAGGGUGCUUUGUUACACAUUGUGGGUGGAACUCCACACUAGAAGGCAUCCGUAAUGGGCUGCCCAUGUUGUGUUGGCCGUACUUCCUUGACCAGGUUACGAACCAAACAUACAUUUGUGACAUUUGGAAGGUGGGGCUAAGGGUUGCAUCGGCUGAGGGAGGGGGGGUGGUGACGAAACAGAGGAUGGUGGAGUUGUUGGAUGGCCUUUUGGAGGAUGAAUCUGUCAAGGAAAGGGUGCUGAAGUUGAAGAAGAUGGCAGAAACCAACAUGAGUGAAGAGGGUGCAUCUUUGAAAAAUUUAAAUAUUCUAAUGGAGAAUUUUAAAAGGUGAAUGUUACAACAUGUUAAUUUGUCCGUGGGUCAGCUAGUAUCCUUUUUGAGAUUUUUCAUUGUUAGUACAUGACAAGAAUGUUGCGUACAUUUUACAUUCAUUGUUUCAUCAAACACACUAUAUUAAGGCAUGGUUCUAGUGAA